GGCGAUACAUAUUCAAGUGGUUCGCAUAGCCUUCGAAGAAUGCCGCGCAAUGUUUCAAGCAGUCGAACAGAUCAGUCUCUAUUAGACAACGGGGAAGUAAACAUAGACGAAUUAGAUAGCAGUAAUAAUAGUAAUUCACUGAAACGCAUUAAACGUACUGCCGGCAAUUCAGAUUGGUUAGAUACAGAUAAUGAGGCGGCAACAAGUCCAGUUAGCCGAGGUCAAUCAGAUCUUGGCACUGCGAAUACAGAUGCUCAACGAUUAGCUUUAAUGAUACAAAAUCAAUUGGAUGCAAUUAACAAAGAGAUUAAAAUGAUACAGGAAGAGAAACAAACUGCUGAACAGUUAGCUGAAGAACUAGAACUCCGCGUUGGUACAAAUCGUAAUGGAAGUUCUGAUGGCCAACUAAUGGAAGAAUAUUAUCAACACCAGCAUCAACAACAACAACAACAGCAACAACUACAACAACAACGAGGUGGUAUUGGUGGUGUUAACGACCCAAGUGGAGCAUACUACUACAUGAAUCAAGAUACACGUCUCCAUUCGAAUAAUGUUAUGCCUAGCUUGUUACCAAAUUUUGGUCCAACUGGUUGGUCCCCACCUCCAUCACCGUUAAGCUCACGAUCAACACCAUUUGGUGGGAUAUCAAAUGAUUCAUUCAGUGGUAGUUUCAGUAAUCCUGCACGUAAUACAUCCUCUUUGCCUGGUAAAGAAACAGAGAGAUCAUUGCCUCAAUAUCUGCCUUCAUUAGAUCCUUCACGUAAUAUUCAACACCAACCCCCGCCAGUACAACAGUAUUCACAGUCAACUACUGGUAACAGUUUUAUGUCACGUAGUAGUCAAUUUGAACAACAAAGAUCGAUGUCAGCUGCUGGACGUCCAUUGCAUCAGUCUAUGGGUAUGAAUGGUAGUUUUGUCUCAACACCACAUCUUAAUCCUCAAUCCUCAUCAUCAUCCUCUUCAUCACCGUCUGUUGUUGUCACACAGAGUUCAAACAAUAAAUCUACAAUUUCAGCAGCUAGUAUAAGUACAACAUCAAUUACUACUAAUGGGGGAGGGCCUACUAGAAGUGUAACCUUAGCUGAUGCUAUUGCUGGUCUUGAACUACUGGAUCAUAUGCGUAAGGAACGUAGCGCCCAACAACAACAGCAGCAACAACAGUACCAAAAGAAUAACAAAUUUGCUUCAUGUGUUAUCACUGAAAAUCCCUAUGAAUUUGGACCUGAUGAAUAUUCAACAGUGUCUACUUUAGAAUUGAGUCGUGUUAGCUCAUCCUCUGAAACUGUUAUCUCUGAAACGAAUACAAAGUCACAGCAACAACAACAACAACAGAAACUUCAACCUACUGAUGAAUCCCAACGAUUGCGAAAAUUAAGUAAAGACAAUAACAACAACAACAAUAAAUUUGUUGUAAGAAAUACAGAGUCGAAUCAUUCAAAUGUAACAACAUCGAAGUUGUUUUGGUGUACUACUUUUGAUUUUAAAUACAUGCAAGAGGCUAUCAAUCUUAUAAACAGCUAA